AUUAAUUGUUAGUUUCACAAAAGAACAAAAUGCUGCUUUAUUUUGUUAUUCAGAAGUGUUGAGCUCCACUGAAUAAAGCAGUCAAUAGCGGCUACCUGAGUGUGCUUAGCUAUUCCAUUGUACGGCAAUGCUUUGGACCGAUAGACGACCCCGAAAGGGUGUUUAUUUUCAAUUGGAGUUGACAGCUGCCUUCAGGCCACCAAAUCUAAUUUAAUGACCACGAUUCAGCGAAGUGGGGUCGACAGCCAAAUUCAGUUCGGCAUGCUAGCUUGACGAGCUACAUUGCUGUAAGGUGUAUAUCCAAUGUGUUUUCGAAUAAUACGACGCGGUUAUUUUUUUGUAUGAUCUCUCGGAUAUAAUCACAUACAAAUCUGUUUCUACACAAAGUAGCGGAAUUUACGUUUCCUGACAAAUACGUGUGGCGUGGCGCUGUUGUUACUAGCACCGUGUUACUCGGUUGUGUGAGCUCACAAUGUAUGAGUUGAUUGAUAGAUACUGAUGCUGAUCCAUUUUCCAAUCCACAGAGCUUGCGAACCGGCCAGCAGAUCCAGCCACUUUCCGGAUUACGGCCUAGCUACAUGGAAGGUUAUGGGGAAAAGGCGCUUCAACAGCGCGGCUUUUGGCCCGAUUGCACUUGUCAUAAAAUUCGUCAUUCUUUGUAGUUUAUUUCAAACAGUUUUUUCUGAAUGUAAAGUUCUUCGUUGUUCGCACCAGUACACUGCUGCAACUGAUUCUCUUACGGAGUCUGACGUUCUACAGCAGUGUCAAGCUUUACAGCGAUAUCAAACUUGCACACAGAAUACAGCAAGGUCCUGUCGUGGAAAUCUUAACUAUCAUACUAUCACCACCUACAUUCCCGAUCUUAUGCAGGAUUACGACUGUGCCAAUAUUUUAGCAAACAUCCCGACGACAACACGGCGUCCUCCGAAGGGGACACGGAUGACGGUGACUGCGAAGAGAUCCCGUCCCACACCACCCGAACGGGACAGCACUUGUGACUAUCGUGGUAAUCGUAGGCCCGAGGAUUUAACACAUUGUGGUCUCUUUGGAGAUCCUCAUUUGAGAACUUUCUCGGAUAAAUUUCAAACAUGCAAAGUUUCUGGUGCUUGGCCAUUGGUUUAUAACGACUAUCUAGCUGUUAGUGUGACGAAUAUACCUGUGAAUGGAUCCUCCGGAGCAACAGCCACAAGUCGGAUAUCGGUUGUGAUCAAAUCACAUGAUAAGUGUGCUGAACAGAAGAUUUAUUUCGCCGAGAGUGGGAGAUUACCGGCUGCAUUUAUUGAUGGUACAAACACAAGUGGGCCUAGGCAGAGUGUGGUCAUACUGGAGAUGAUACCGGGAAGACAUGUAGAAAUUCACUUGCAAUAUGUGGCCACCACGAUCGUGCUUCGUCAGGUGGGUCGCUAUCUGACAUUUGCGCUCAGUAUGCCAAAGGAUUUAAUCCAGGACAAGGAAGAAGACGCCUUGCAAUUAUGCGUCAAAGGAUGCCCAGCACGGGAAAGAAUUUACUUUAAAGACUUUUUAAGUCUUCGUUAUAAGCAGCUUGAAAACCUUGAAACAACUCGAACAUUAACUUCUCGGACGGAAGCCAUUGCUAAGUGCAAGAAAGCGGAAGUCACGAAUGAUUAUUUCGAUUCGUGCGUGUUUGAUCUUAUGACGACAGGCAACGUGAAUUUCUCGCUGGCUGCGCAGCACGCCUUCAUGGAUGUGAAAAGAUUGCAUCCCAACCCGAAACUUGUGUUGGUUAAUAGAACUAGUAUAUUUGAAAAAGAUCCACCGCGAGUAGAACCGAGUGAAAACCUGCCAAAUAGGACUAACGUGUUACAUGCAUCCACAACUUGGACAAUUAUCUUAUUACUAGCCACAGUUUUGGUCACGUUUUCCUUGAAACGAUAGCAAUCUAAAGCCAUCCAAUUUGUAAAUUUUGUAAAGUACUAUAAAUUGUAUACAUACGGCAUAUUAUUACAGCUAUGUACAUAUUUUUGAAUGAGAAGUUAACAUGUGAAUAAAAAAAAACUUUUAUAAAUGUUCUAUUUACCAUCCGAUUACAACGGAGGAAAGGUAGUACGUGAGCGUGUCUCGAACUCAACGAACGUUAUUAUUAUGGAGUUGUAUAUUUUGUUUCAUGACAAGAGAGUUUACGAUAAUAUGCUGUAUAUUAAAUCUUACGACUUUAAGCACUACCCAUGCGCAUAAGUGUCACGUGACGUUGGUAUUCAGUUGAUUGGUACAAUAAUGCACUGGUUAAGUUGGAUUAUGACAUGUUUUGAAUCUACGAUUUUUGUUUAUCAUAUCCUCCUUGCUUACCCAUCCCAGUGAUGUCAGUAUUCAAGCCAUUUAUCAAUAAAAUACAACACAUUUCAACGCAAAACAAAUCACCGAAGAAACAGUGAUCAAGCAUAGCGAUUUAUGUAGUGUUUGAAAUAUCUGAAAUGAAGUAAAAAUGGAAGUCUUUUAAAGUUUUAUGUAAUUUGUGUAACCGUAUCUCGACAGACAGUGUCACCUGGUCGAAACCUCACUGGCGUGACGAAGCGUUGAUCUAGGGUUUAGCCUGUAGACUCCAACACAAUUAUUGUCUUAUUGAAGUGUAUUGGCAAGUUGGUUUGAUAAUUACACGCUCAAACGAUCCCUGAAAUCCAUCGGUAGCAGUGCCCGCAGGGAAAUUCUUGGCAGUAAAUGUAAAAAACACAACCAGCUGCUUUGGCCUUGAAGAGAAAAAAAUAAAUAAAAUUAUUCCUUCUAUCUAUUGUUCUUGAUUACUGUUUAUUUCAAAUAUAACAAUCAUACAGGAACUAUCUACUAAUUUAAAAAAACGUAUUAAGUUGUGGUAGUUAUGGAUCAGAUAUAUUUCAACUUAUUUUUAUUCUGGGCAUUCCAUGAGUCUGGUUGGGCGUAUGUGUAUCGAACCUGUUUACAGCCCAAAAUUGGAUUACUGUGGCCAUGGCGACCCUGUGAGCUAAGCGUAGCUGAGAUCUAGAUACGAUAAUAAAUUCACCCAGACAGAUUGCGACGAGAUAGUCAUACGAAUAUUUAUAUUAAAUUAACCACAAUCUGAUACCUUUAGUGUUAGCUAAAGGCUGAUUUUGACGAUGUAUCUGCUGCAUAAGGCCAAAACGUAUAUUAUACUUGUUAACGUCACAUUCGUAAAAAUAAAAGGGGUCAGGACAAUAGGGCGUGUUUUCUUUGUGUUUUUUUUUUUAAGGAAACAAAUCGUGAACUACAAUUCAUCUGAUCAGAUAUUAGCUUGCCAAGGCAGAGUGUGAUUAAUUUGCCCAUUUAGUGUUGUUUAUAAUAGGCUUUAAACGUUUUACAAUUGCAGUAGGCCUAAUUUGUAUAUCAUCUAUGAAUGAAUAUUAAAAUUCAUCUUUGGUUAAAAUCAAGAGAGGGACGUGACGUUAACCAAAUAUAUUCUUAUUUGGUCUAAUUACCAGAAUGUAUUCAAGGUUCCUUUUGAAUGUGCUCAUCUCACAACUAAUGUUCUCCAUCCGUAAGCCUGUACCACAAUAACACUCUAUUAUGUGUAAUAAGCACCUCGCUCAAUGCUCAAAUUAAAGUGGCGCACACCCAUAAAUAUUGUAAGCGCCCCGACUAAAUGUUAAUUUCAGUUUUUGUUUAAUUAGUUCAUUGAAUUUGUAUUAUUAAUAGCUUUAUGUUAAAAAUUAAAUUUGUCUCUUCCAUUUCGGUUGGUAAUCGUACAAAUCGAUGAUGAUGAGUGUUAAAAUCAUAAUGUUCAAUUUAUCUUUACUUCAAUUAUAUUUACCUGACCAUCGUGAUCUAGUGCCAAUAAAAACAGAUUUUCAGAUUGUGAUAGUCAUGUUGUAUGUGGAAAAUCUAUUUCAUGUUAUAUGCACAGUACAUGAAAACGCCACAUAUAUCUUCCGUAAUUCGAUCAUUCGUUGGAGUUAAGAGAAGCCUAAAGAAACAAUAUUGUAUUUAUGAGUGGAAAGAGAGUGAGAGAAUUUUAUAAUUUAUUCGCUUUAGGCCUACAGAAUAAUUUACUUGUAAUGUAUAUACUGGUAAUAAGAGAAUGGAAAUUCUGAUAUCUAGAUGUUGGCGCACAAUCUACACCAUCUAUUUUAAAUUGUAUCACGUUAAAAAAAAAUCCCUGGUUUUUCUGUUCCACGACGAUAAUAUCGCCAUGGUAAGAUCAGGUGGCCACCGUUGUUUGACCGUACAUUUUCUUAUAUAGGAAGUACGCAGAGAUGUGUUGGUCUCCACAUUCAUUUUUAUUCAUGUCGAAGAGCUUGAGAAAAGUUCUACAGAUAUUUAUCUUUUUUUUUAUGUCAGAAUUUGAUAGAUGACGUACGCAAACGCUGCCGUGUAGUGCACAUUACAUGGAUUAUUUUAUUACUGUCUGAAUCGCAUGUGUUGCCCAAAAUGGUGUUCGUAAGUCAACCGAAAUGUAGACAUACCGUACAGAUGUAUGAUAUAUAUGUUAUACAAUAUGUUAUAUAUUAAUAUAGUAUUUAUGCGUCUGUAUGUGUAAAUAAUGUAUACAUCUUAUAUAAUUUAGGAUUAUGCAUAUUAUAUAAUAUGUAUAUAUUGAAGCUGAUUUACAUCCCCCUUAAAAUUAAGAUAGGCCUAAUGUUUUAUUAUACUGCAAACAAAACAUGUAUGAAGUAUUGUAUUAAAUAUAUGAUCGCCACGAA